AUGCGGCCAGAUGAUUUGUAUGGUGCUGGCAGCUGGGCCAAGAGCCGACCGGUGAAGUCGGCCAGCAAGGCUUGCAACUACAGCAGUGGGGUGAAACUCCUGGAGCAGGUGGUUUAUCGCUUGGAGGAUCCUUGGGAGCUCUCAGAGGCCGACUUGGAAACCGCGGAGGAAAAUGCAGCUCGCUUCAAGAGCUUUUCGCCAGAGGUGAUUGAUGUCCUGUCGGACGAGUUCGAGCUUCUUGAGCACAGCUACCAGGUCUCCACUUUCGUCGCCACGGUGUGGACCUCUGGGCAAUCCUUCGUGGACCUGAGAGGUGGACGUCUUUGGUGUUGUCGAUUGAGUCUGCGGGAGUUGAAGCAGAAGAGCGAGCUCAAGGACGAGGUGGAUGAGUUGAGUGAGCCUGAGGAGAGUCAGGAGGUCUUGCUUCCGCAGCAGAAUCCGGAGUACACUUCAGUGGGCUAUGGCCAUAGUGCUGAAUCUGCCCUCAGCAUGGCCAGGCUACACGUUCUCGAGGAGAUGGACAGGUGGGAUCCCACGGACCUGCUGCCGCGGCUCCGGCAGCUGGAGAAACAGCUGCAGGACUGCGCCAGCGACAUGGUGCAUCCGCAGAAGGUAGAUGGUGAGUGGCAUGAGGAUGUGACACUUCGGCCUACCUUGGAGGAGUUUGUUGAUCUCAUGGAGAACUUGCUGUUGAAGCCGGCUCCGAAGAGCUUCGUGGUAUGGCGGCUUUUGGCGAGGUCGUGGCCCUACAUUUUGGCAUUUGCACAGGACGAUUGCCUCGAAAAGUUGCGGCAUGCCAUGUCGAUGUCCUCCAGGGCCUGUGGUCUGGGCGUUUGGCUCCGAAUGGCGGAGGCGGCAGCAUAUCAAUAUCAUUGCAAUAUUCUGGAGAUGCUUCAGGAGCCACGUCACAUGGGGCAGGUGAAUCGGACAUGGAAGGGUUUAGCAUCCAGAAACUGGGCUUAA